AAAGAAGUGAGAGAAAAGGAUUGGUAGAGAGAGAUAGGGAGAUAGAUAGAGAGAGAGUAAGAAAAAAGAGCUGAUAAUUCAGAGUAUGUUUUUCUUUGGUUUCGGAUUUUUAAUUUAUUUUGAUUUCUGGGUUUGAAUUUGUCAGCUUCAGUUCUUCCUCUGAAACUAUGAAACUUUUAUUUUGUUGAGAUUUGUGAACUCCCAUUUCUUGGUCAAUUUUUCAAGUUUAAGUAAGAGUAACUCUCUUUAUGUAUGAAAUCCCCAAAAAAAAACAAAUUGGGUUUCUUUUUUCUUCUUCAAUUUCUGAUCUAGAUCAUUUUUUUCAAUUCUUGGGACAUCAAAUUGCAUCUGGGUUUGAGAAAUUUCAUCAGAUUUUUGUGGGUUUUUCUUGAUUUUUGGGGGGUUUAAAUUGUUGGGUGUUCUAAAGGUUGAGUCUUUUUUGGGGGUUUUUGGGAUUUUGAUGAUUUUGGAAAAUUAGGGGUUUUUUGUGACAUGGGAUUUGGUAGUGAUGUAGCAAAAGUGGAGACUUGGGCUGAUGUGGAAAAAUCAAAAGAGGGAAGAAAAAAGAAGAAAGAAGAAGAUGAUUCUGGUGAAGAUACUGGAUGUUGGAUUAAGCUAAGGUUUAUAGGUAGCUGCAUUACUUCAAGAUCCAAAGUUGAUUCUUCUGUCAGUGGAACAAGUACUAAUUAUGCUGAAAGCAAAUCCCCAAAUGAUGCUAGCAGAGAUCAGCCCGUUACUGCAGUUGUCUCAUCUACAACAACUAGUAAUGCUGAAAGCAGCACAUCAACAUCCAAGCUAGAAGAAGAACUCAAAGUUUCCUCCCGGCUUCGUAAAUUCAUGUUUAAUGACUUGAAGUUAGCAACUAGAAACUUUAGACCUGAGAGUCUACUUGGUGAGGGUGGUUUUGGGUGUGUGUUUAAGGGUUGGAUUGAAGAAAAUGGUACUGCUCCAGUGAAACCUGGUACAGGUCUUACUGUUGCUGUUAAAACACUCAACCAUGAUGGACUUCAGGGUCACAAAGAAUGGCUGGCUGAGGUGAAUUAUUUGGGUGACCUUAUUCAUCAAAAUUUGGUCAAACUUAUUGGCUACUGUAUUGAAGAUGAUCAAAGGCUUCUUGUUUAUGAAUUCAUGCCCCGAGGAAGCUUGGAGAAUCAUCUUUUUAGGAGGUCUCUACCUCUCCCAUGGUCCAUCAGAAUGAAAAUUGCUCUUGGUGCUGCUAAGGGUCUUGCUUUUCUCCAUGAAGAAGCCGAAAAGCCAGUGAUAUAUCGUGAUUUCAAGACCUCAAAUAUCUUAUUAGAUGCGGAAUACAAUGCAAAACUCUCCGAUUUCGGACUUGCCAAAGAUGGCCCCGAGGAAGGUAAGACUCAUGUAUCUACACGAGUGAUGGGAACAUAUGGUUAUGCAGCUCCGGAGUAUGUAAUGACAGGCCAUCUGACUUCAAGAAGCGACGUUUACAGCUUUGGAGUAGUUCUCCUGGAAAUGAUCACUGGUAGGAGAUCUAUGGACAAAAACCGGCCAAAUGGAGAGCAUAACCUCGUUGAAUGGGCAAGGCCACAUCUUGGAGACCGAAGAAGAUUUUAUCGAUUGAUAGACCCUCGGCUUGAAGGUCAUUUCUCUAUAAAAGGCGCUCAGAAGGCGGUGCAGUUGGCUGCUCAUUGCCUUAGCCGUGACCCAAAGGCCCGUCCUUUAAUGAGUGAAGUUGUAGAUUCCCUGAAGCCUUUGCCCAACCUGAAAGACAUGGCUAGUUCAUCUUACUAUUUCCAAACCAUGCAAGCAGACCGUAUCAGGGCCAGCCCAAAUGCUCGAAAUGGUCAACUUAUUGGUCCCCAUCAAAGGAACGGGCAGCAACCAGCCUUAAGGAGCCUCUCGAUACCACAUGGUUCACAUGCUUCACCAUAUCAUCAUCAUCAGUAUCAACCUUCACCUAAACCUAGUGGAAAAUCCUAGCUCUGGGGUCAGUUCGUAUCUUGUUCUGCGAGCUGUUUAUCAUUCUUUUCUCCCCUAGCUUCUGAUCUUUUUUCGUGCAGUCAUCAGCUAAUAUAAGUAUAUGAUCUCGACAUCAAGGCCCUUUGCUCCUUGAUCAAAAUGAAAAGGGACAGGGAGAAGAAAAAAAAAAACAAAAAGAAAGAAGGUAACAGAAGACAAUGUAUGAAUUAUGCACCUAUUAUCUUUCAGUCAGGGCUCUCUGUAAAGGAGUUAAUUGUAAGAAGAGGUGAAGCUUUGUGGGCCGGAAAUUUCAUGUCAAAAUUCAUAAUGUUGACAUUAGUCAAGCUUGAAAAUAUGAAAAGAGUGAAGUUUCACUGUUUGAUACCUCACUUGUCCUUAGUUUUGCUAUGCUUUUCAUCUUCUUGAAAGGGCCCUGCAUUUGCUGUAUAGAUUUUGCUUGCUUGCUGUAGAAACAGUCAAGUAUUUAAUUAGUUCAAACUUGUGUUUAGGGCUCAGACACCGACCUCUCGGUUGAUCUGGGGUUCAAGACCAGUUUGGUAUAAUUGCUUGGAUAUAUAGCUGCUUGCUUUGUUUUUCUCA